GGCGUGGCGUCACGUGUCCGGGCGGGAGCCGCCUCCCGCAGGGUCGCUUCCUGUCGCGGCUGCCGCCGCCUCCCGGGGCCGCGGGAGCCCUGGGCUGUGCCGGGCGGGAUUAGGACCGGGCUAGCGUCGGAUCCGCGGCGAGACCGGCGUCCGCGCUGCCGAGAUGCCUGGGCCGAGACCCCGGAAGGGCCCUCAGGCCAGUGGCCGGGGCGUGGCCGCUGCGAAGCAGCUGGGGCUCUUUGUGGAGUUUAGCCCUGAGGACAUGAUGCUGGGAAUGGAGGAGACUGAAGAUGAUGGAGACCUGGAGGCUGAACUGCUGGCCCUCACCGGGGAAGCAGGGGCCACAGGCAGGAAGCCAGCCCCCAAGGGGCAGGCCCCCCUGCCUAUGGCUCACAUCGAGAAGUUGGCUGCAGACUGCAUGCGGGAUGUGGAGGAGGAGGAAGGGCUGGAGGAGGAAGGGCUGGAGGAGGAUGCAGACUUGCUGACUGAGCUGCAGGAGGUCCUGGGUGUGGAUGAGGAGGCUGGGCCCCAGGAUGGUGAUGAGACAGCUAGCCCAGGAGGCUCUGAAGAGAAGAAGGGACAGGAAGACACCGAAGCCCCAGGGCAGACAGCUCUACUGACAGCUUCAGUCCCAGCAGCUCAGGCUGGAGGGCCUCAGGGGCUGCAGGCUCUGCUGGAGGAUCGGAUCCACAACUACCGGGAGGCUGCAGCCAGUGCCAAGGAGGCAGGUGAAGCAGCCAAAGCCAGGCGCUGUGAGCGUGGCCUGAAGACUCUGGAGGCUCAGCUGGCUGCUGUGAGGAAAGGCAAGAAGAUCAGUGAGGAUGAGAUUCCACCUCCAGUGGCCGUGGGCAAGAGACGGCCGGCCCCCCAGGAAGCUGCUGACAGGAACCCUGAGGCAGAGGCAGAUGCCCCAGCUCCCUUCACCAAGGAGCCAGACAAGCCCUCUCAGCCGGAGACAAGCCUCUCGGGUAGUCCUGGCAUCUCUGCCCCGCCUGAUUCAGACCCAGACCCACGGGCCCUGCUGUCAGCUCGACAGAGAGAGUACAAGUUGGCUGCCCUGAAUGCCAAGCGGGCUGGAGACCUAGACGGUGCCCGAGAACUCAUGAGGAUUGGGAAGAGAUUUGGUGCAGUCCUGGAGGCCCUGGGGAAGGGGCAGCCUGUGGACCUGAGUGCCAUGCCUCCGGCACCUAAGGAUCUGAAGGCCCUUCCACAGGCUUCCAAGGCUGUCACAGCACCCUCAGUUGUACCCCUAGCCCUGGAGCGAGUGCAGCCAGUGACGGGCUCUGACACUCCAGCAGUUCCAGUGGUUGCUGCUGAGCCACCGACGGUGCUGGAUGCCCUGCAGCAGAGACUAAACAAGUAUCGGGAGGCAGGCAUCCAGGCCCGGGGCAGUGGGGAUGAGCGCAAGGCGCGGAUGCACGAGCGCAUAGCCAAGCAAUAUCAGGAUGCCAUCCGGGCACACCGGGCAGGACGGAGAGUGGACUUUGCUGAGUUGCCUGUUCCGCCAGGAUUCCCCCCCAUUCCUGGCCUGGCGCCCGCUGUGGGCACCGAGGAAGAUGCGGUGGCAGCUACUUUAGCUGCUGCCCAGAAGCUGGCUUCCUCGGAGGAUCCAGUCCCAGCAGAGGAGGAGGAGGAUGAGGAUGAGCCCCCAGCCCAGGCCCCAGUGGCCAAGAAGCCAGCGAAGCCUGCGGUCCCUUCAUUUCGGGCCUUGCCUGAUCCCAAAGCCUCGAGUUCUAAGGAGUCGCUGAGUCCCUCUGUGCGGGAGCAGCUGGCAUUGCUGGAGGCGCGGAGACUGCAAUACCAGCGGGCAGCCCUGCAGGCGAAGCGUGGCCAGGACCUGGAGCAAGCAAAGGCCCACCUACGGGUGGCCAAAUGCCUGGAGGCUCAGAUCACGCAGGUACGAGCUGGCCGACCUGUGGACCUCUCCAAGGUGCCUUCACCCUUGACGGAUGAGGAGGGCGACUUCAUCCUCAUUCACCACGAGGACCUGCGGCUCUCCCAGAAGACUGAGGAGGUGUAUGCCCAGCUACAAAAAAUGCUUCUGGAGCAACAUGAGAAAUGUGUGCUGUUCUCCAAGCAGUUCAUGCACCAGGGCAACGUGGCCGAGACCACCAGGUUUGAGAAUCUUGCUCAGGACCGCAAGAAGCAGCUGGAGAUCCUGCAGCUGGCCCAGGCCCAGGGCCUUGACCCUCCCAGCCAUCAUUUUGAGUUGAAGACAUUCCAGAUUGUGAGGAUCUUCUCAGAACUCAACAGCACGGAAAUGCAUCUGAUCAUCGUCCGGGGAAUGAACCUCCCAGCUCCUUCAGGGGUGACUCCUGAUGACUUGGAUGCUUUUGUGCGGUUUGAGUUCCACUACCCUAACUCGGAGCAGGCUCAAAAAAGCAAAACAGCUGUAGUGAAGAACACAAACUCUCCAGAAUUUGAUCAGCUCUUCAAACUAAACAUCAACCGAAACCACCGGGGCUUCAGGAGGGUGAUCCAAAGCAAAGGGAUCAAGUUUGAAAUCUUCCACAAAGGGUCCUUCUUCAGAAGCGACAAGCUGGUUGGCACAGCUCACCUGAAGCUGGAGCGGCUAGAGAACGAAUGUGAGAUCAGAGAGAUUGUGGAGGUGCUGGAUGGAAGGAAGCCCACCGGGGGCAAGCUGGAGGUGAAGGUGCGGCUGCGGGAGCCUCUGAGCGGACAGGAUGUACAGACGGUCCUGGAGAACUGGCUGGUCCUGGAGCCCAGGGGCCUGUAAGGAGACGGCCCGCACUGGGAGAGGAAACGGGCGGCAGCUGCGUGCAGGAGUGUACUCUUCCCAGCUUUGUUGGCUACAGAAACCUUUGUAUGUAAGGAAGAUGCUGCUACGCGAGCACCAAAGAUCUGGGGAGUAUGUGUGUUACUGACCACAGCCCUGGUCCUCCACCGGAGCAGGCUGGAUCCCGGAGCUCUCCCCUGCCGCCCCUGCCGCCAGGCCAGGGCACAGAUGGCCUCCUAGCCUCGUUGCUCUGUGCCGGGGGUCUUCCAGCCCCUUAACCUUUGCGUAGCAACUGUGUGUAGCUUAUCCUCACCCUGGAUGCAACAUUUCUGGAUGUGCCUUUCAAAGCUCUAACUGAGGGAUGGGAGAACUUGAGGGUGACCGGGAAACCCCUGCCUGGGGCAGGGCCGGGUUCCGUGACUCCACUUGGUCAGUGCAGCCUGUCCCACACAACUCAGUUUACCCUAGCUGUGCCUGUGCCUGUGCCUUGGCUCCUGACUGCUGCUGCGCCAGCCUCCCUGCUUCCCGAAGCUGUCCUGGAGGAGGAAGUUACACCCAGGAAGGCGUGCUGGGAAGUAGGGGCGAGGCUGGGUCUCGGGUUUGGUCCGUGCAUCUAAGACUAAAUGACUGUUAACUGGAAGAAGAAAAACAAAUAGAAAAAAUAAUAAUAAUAUAUAUAUAUAUGUAAUUUUAUGUAGCCGCUUUUAUUUAAGAAACUAGGUCAAAUUUAUUAUAGGGGUUUUACAACACUCUAUAUGCAGAGUAAUUAUCAAAGUCCUGAGUAAAAGCCCUGUUCCCUGUCACUUUUAAAAGCCAGAGUGGCAGUAACAUUUGUUAUUGACAGAAAUUGCCACCAUGGCUUUUGCUUUUGAGGGAGGGCAAGGGGAAGCCUUAGGUCUGCUGCUCCCCUAGACAAGUCCCUUGGUUCCUGCCCAGGAAAUUCUCCUUUGGCUCUGUUUUUCUGAAUGGAUGGAGACAACGGAGGGAGUUAGAAUAGAUUUAGAUUUAAUAGCCAAAACCGCAAUAUGCUACAUUUCUUAGAAAUAAGCGUUAACAUCUUUUUUUCCCCCUUUUUGAAGCAUUAGGUUCAACAGAGCAUUCCUCAAGAUUUUUUAAAGGCUAUGAGUGAAGCAGAUGCAUUCAGCUUCCCAGUCACCAUGGGACUGCACAAGCACAGCUCAGGGAUAGAACUUCUUCGUGUCUUUUUCCAGGAUAGGGCUGGACCAUGCUUCCUGCCCUUAAGAGCAGAGCGGUUCGUGAUGAACAGAAUGGGAAUGACAAACGGCUUUUUUCCUAAAGUUUUCUAGCCAGUCUUCCUUACCUAUCGGUGAAUUACCAAAAUUUCCACAGAUGUGAGAGCUAGAACACUUGAUUGCAGUCAUAUCUGUGUCAAGCAAUAAUCUAGAAUGAGAAGGAGGUGGUUAGCUUUUAGAAGGUGGCCUAGAGCAAAGGGGGGGGGUGACUCGGGAGGGUUCCUGAGGGUGUGCACCCACCCUGGUGUUCCUCCAGCUGCGAUUAUCCUCAGAGGUUACAAACAGCCCUAGGAGGUUUUACGUUCGGGCUCCGCUAGGAAUGAAUGCCCUGUUCUGAUUUGACAGUUUUGUGCCUCAGAGACGUCCUUUCACGACCUGUUCUGCUCCGGUACGCGUCAUUCCCCUUUGCUUUUGGAAAACAACCUGCAGGCUGAGGAAGGUGAGACGAAGCCACCCACUGGACUUGGAAACUGAGAUUGUUAAAAGGCCCUUGUAGCAGCCACGGCAUGCAGGGGUCACUAGUGGGCAGUGCCUGCCCAGCCUCCUGGUCCUAAGAUCUGUCCUCUUGCAGCAACCAGACAUCAAGAGUUCUGGGACUCCUGAGCAGCUGGGAACCAGUCACAACCCAAAUAACUUUACGUCAUAAAUUCUUUCUUCAGUCUAGUGCUAGAUGUGCUUCCUUUAGAAUUAGUGAACUGGAUAAAAUAAAAAUUUUAAAAUUUAUCUUAUUAAAGGGCAAAAGAUUUUAGAACCUUAA